CCGCCGCUCGCGCUGGAGGUCGUCAGCUUCCUCGGUAGAACCGUUGGCGCAGGCGCGGCACUGACAGCUGCUGUCUACUUACUCCGCAAAGUCUGUUCAAUAAUGGCCUGGAAAUCCGGAGGAGCCAGCCACGCAGAGCUUGUUAACAACCUCCGCAAAAAUGGCAUUAUUAAGUCCGACAAGGUCUAUGAAGUCAUGCUGGCCACAGACCGAGCCCAUUUCUCUAAGUGUAAUCCAUACAUGGACUCGCCGCAGUCAAUAGGGUAUCAAGCCACCAUCAGCGCUCCACACAUGCAUGCCUACGCCCUGGAGCUUCUACAUGACCAGCUGUACGAGGGAGCCAAAGCUCUGGACGUCGGCUCCGGCAGUGGAAUCCUGUCCGCCUGCUUCGCACGAAUGGUAGGUCCUAAAGGGAAAGUUAUAGGAAUUGAUCACAUCAAAGAGCUGGUAGACGAUUCUAUAAACAAUGUGAAGAAAGAUGACCCCAGUUUGAUAACAUCGGGCAGAGUCAAGCUAAUAGUGGGAGACGGGCGAAUGGGCCACACUGAGGAAGCACCUUAUGAUGCCAUCCAUGUUGGCGCAGCAGCACCUACUGUCCCCCAAGCUCUUCUGGACCAGUUGAAGCCUGGCGGCCGGCUGAUUCUGCCCGUCGGCCCGGCAGGAGGGAAUCAAAUGCUGGAGCAGUACGACAAAAUGGAGGACGGCAGCACCAAAAUGAAGCCCUUGAUGGGGGUGAUUUAUGUGCCUUUAACCGACAGAGACAAGCAGUGGUCCAGGUGGAAGUGACUUCCUUCUCCCCUUCCUCCCCCUUUCUCCUUCUCACAGUGGCAAAGGGAUGAACUCUGAAGAGGAAGACAGUCCAUGAUCCACCUUUAAGUUUGAACCUGGAAGAAACUUGGAUGGGGUCAGACAGCCCAUGACAUUUUGUUCAAAGCAUAACAAAAACAUGCUCUUUUUGUUUAAGUCUAACGAUGGACUAGAGUAUCACAUUGAGGACAGCCCAGAGGGGCUGGGAAGAAAGACUGCUUGAAGCUCAGCACAGAAAUAUUGGAGAGGGCUUUUGGUUUUUCUUUUCAGGCCUGCAUCUUUUUGGUUGUGUUUUUUUUCUUUUAAAACUGCUGGAUUUUAGGUUUGUUUGUGGUUUUCAUCAUUUGAAUUGCAAUCAGCCAUUUUUACAGUAUUACAACUCAGCAGCAUCAAAGCUGAAUGUAGGAGGAACGCCGGGCAGCGACGAGGAAAGCCUUUUUAGAUAAUUCACCUAGCUACAGCGUCUGUGUGUGUGGAUCAUCAAACUGUAGACUUCUCUGCUAACAUUUGAGCUUUUUCCCCUCUGCCAGCAGUAUUAGGGCACACACACACAACACACAGGCAACACAAUGGCUGAUGUAACCCACACAUCCUGUUUGAUGUGCAGCACUCUUAGGUCAUUCCACAUAUAGAGUAAGAAACGCAUUGGAUCAUACUGAAAAUACUCCAAAAGAGAGCAGAGCACUAAUAACACCGACACAUGUGCACAUACAGGGCUGUGCUUUUCACCUGGUGACGUGUUGCUUUCUGCCGCUGGUUUUCCAUUAACAAUUUGCGCAGGCUCUUCUAGUGACUCAUACUAAAUGGGAUAGUCACUGCUUUGCCAAAAUAAACUCCAACAAUAUAAAGCAAACGAAUGUCUGUUUUCUUGAAAUCAAAAAGCACAUUUUAUUUUGGGUGAUCUAAGUGAUGGAUGAUAUUUGGCUUUCAGUUUCUGGAGCAGCAUAUGAAAAUAAAGAGAUGCUUUAUGUUUUU